AUGAAGAUUAAGGAUCGUAGGAACUUUGUGAUGUCAAAAGCAUUGUGUAUAAAUUGUUUUGCCAAGGGACAUAUAGGGAAAACCUGUCCCAGAAGUUUUGUAUGCAACAUUAGUGGAUGUGGCCUCAAACACAAGUUUCUUCAUAUGCCAACUAGACUGCAGGUUGGUUAUGUGGACAACACAGGGAAUCCAAUUCCAGUAUCAGAUCAGAAUAUAUCAACCACAUCAUCAUCAAUCACAACAAAUCAGAGCAGCCAUUAUGUUCGUACAUGUGGAGGUAAACUUGCUAUGCCAAUUGUACCUGCAAGAGUGUGGCGUCCAGGCUCUGAUGUCUACAUUGACACUUAUGCUAUGCUUGAUCCUGGUAGUAACGCUACUUACUGCAGUGAGUUUCUGUGCAAUCAUUUAGGAGUCCAAGGAACUAUGCGCAAUUUGGAGUUAACCACACUUACACAGAACCGAAUGUCUGUGGAAACAACAGGUGUCUUUUACUGUUUCCAGUGUGAACGAGAUCAACACAAUGUUGUGCAGUGGCCGCACCUUAGAGAUUUGGAUAUACCAGAAGUGAAGGCAGACCAAGUGCACUUACUGAUUGGCCAAGACUCUUCAGACUUGUUGCUGCCAACUGAUGUCAAAAGAGGUAAACAGGGAGAACCUUUUGCCUUGCUCACACCACUAGGCUGGGUCAUAAAUGGACCAGUGAACCCUUUUGGUAAGUCGACUAAUUUUUCAUAUUUGAUACAGGCAAGUGUACCAUUGGAAGGUGAUAUGAAGAGACUAUGGGAGAUAGAGGAUGCCUUUGCAGAAGAGAAGGGCUGGUCAGUUAGUGAUCAGAAAGCAGUUGACACAUGGAACAGUACACUCCAGUCCCUGAAAAAGACUUGCCGCCAUGAUGGCAAAGUGUGGUAUCUGCCGCACCACCCUGUGUUGAAUCCAAAGAAACCAGAAAAGUGUCGCAUUGUUUUUGACUGUGCUGCUAAGUAUGGUGGCUCUUCACUCAAUGAUCAUGUGCAUCAGGGACCAGAUUUGACCAAUGGACUUGUUGGUGUUCUGUUGAGAUUCCGACAAGGAGCAGUGGGAUUUAUGGCCGAUAUAGAGUCCAUGUUUCAUCAAGUAGUUGAAGAGUAUCGCAACAUGUAUUCAGAAGUACUGAACACAGUUCUUCGCAACUUUUAUGUGGACGACUGCCUGAAGUCUGCAAAUAGUGUUGAGUCUGCUAUAGUUUUAGCAAAGCAAGUUAAAGAGCUUCUGAAUAGAAGGGGAUUUCAUCUUACUAAAUAUAUUUCUUCAUCACCAGAACUGCUGAAGCAUAUACCAAAGGAGGACCGAGGAAAAUCUUUGAUAUCUCUGCAGUUGAAUUUGGAGGAUCAAUCCACGGAGAGAGCUCUAGGUAUGCUGUGGCAUGCUAUGUCAGUCCAUUCAUAUUACAGGCUAGGAGAAUAUUUCAGCAAUUGCAGACUACAAAAAGGCUGGGAUGAACCACUUCCCAUAGAACUGGAGGAACAAUGGGAUGCUUCUGAGAAUGGGUAUGGUGUUGCAUCAUACUUGAGAGUAACACUUGAGGAUAACUCUGUAUAUAUUAACUUGAUUAUGGCUAAGUCACGUCUCGCACCCCUGAAAGGUUCUACAAUCCCAAGACUAGAACUAGCUGGAGCUCUAGAAGCUGUAAGGCUUGAUAAAAUUCUAACUAAAGAAUUGGAGAUACCUCUAGAAAUAUCAGUAUACUGGGUGGAUAGUCAAAUAGUACUAUGGUACUUGAACAGCUCAGAUAAACGUUUCCAAUAUGUAGCCAACAGAGUAGGUAAAAUUCUUGAUCACACUGAAGUCAGUCAGUGGAGGUAUGUACCUUCUGAAGAAAAUCCUGGAGAUGAUGCAUCUCGUGGAAUGUCUGCAUCAGAUUUGCUGAGGAAUGAUAGGUGGGUUCAUGGUCCAAAUUUCUUACAGUGUGAAGAACAUAACUGGCCUGUGCAACCACUGUUUAGAUGUUCAGAAUUGGAAGAAUUCUUAGAACUGAAGGCAAGUCCAGUGGUUUGCAGUAUAAAAAGUAAUGCUGAUCAUACUUGUAAGUUACUAAACUACUACUCAUCGUGGUUUAAAAUGAAGAAAGCUGUGGCGUGGUACAUUAGACUUAAACAUUUCUUAAAAAGGAAACCAAGGUUGGGACCUAUAACAGUAAAAGAGUUCAAGGAAGCAGAGAGAAAUAUUAUUUUGUAUGUACAGAAGACUCUCCCAAAGGAACCUUUACAGUUAAAGAAGCUAAAUCCAAUUAAAGGAGAUGAUGAUUUGCUGAGAGUGGGAGGCAGAUUAACAAAUUCUCAACUUGAAGAAGAUGCAAAACACCCAGUGAUUCUUCCACAUGCCCACCAUAUUUCAAGAUUGAUUGUUGAAAGCUGUCACUUAAAUACUGGACAUGCUGGAGUGGAACGUGUAUUAGCUGAAAUCAGGAGAAAGUUCUGGAUUUUAAAAGGAAGAAAGUUUGUGAAAAGUGUAGUGUAUUCCUGUGUGACUUGCAAAAAGAUGUUUGGUAAGACAGUAUACCAGCAAAUGGCAAACCUUCCUAGAUUUCGUGUUAUAGCUUAUGAACCACCAUUCAGUAGAGUAGGAGUAGACUAUUUUGGGCCAUUCUUAGUAAAGAAAGGGCAUUCCAAGAUGAAGAGGUAUGGUUGUAUAUUUAUGUGUUUUGCCACACGUGCCAGACACAUUGAAGUAGCAUUUUCAUUUGACACAGAUAGUUUUAUUCAUGCAUUAGAAAGAUUUAUGGCAAGGAGAGGAGAACCUAAAGAAAUCUGGUCAGAUAAUAGCAAAAACUUUGUUGGAGCACAUCAAGAAUUGAAGAGAGGUAUCCAGGAAUGGAAUCAAGACCAGAUUCAUGCUCAUUUAUUGAAGAAAGAAAUAGACUGGAAGUUCAAUCCACCAGCUGCAUCACACAUGGGUGGAGUGUGGGAACGACAAAUACGGACCAUUCGAAGAGUGCUAUCAAGUAUGAUCACACAGCAGGUGUUAGAUGAUGAAGCCAUAAUAACGUUAAUGACUGUAGUGGAAGGUAUCAUAAACAACCGACCCAUUACAAAGCUGUCCGAGGACCCAAGAGAUGCUAGACCUCUAACACUGGACCACAUAAUGAUGCUGCGUUCAGGACCUUUGUUACCACCUGGACAGUUUGUUGAAAAGGAUCAAUAUAGAAGACGCUGGAAGCAAGUCCAGUACCUGGCUGAUAUAUUUUGGCGUCGAUGGAUUAAAGAAUAUCUUUCUGGAUUUCAAGAACGCCAAAAAUGGAUGAAACCUCAGAGAAAUUUAGAAAAUGGAGAUCUAGUUCUUAUCAAACAAGAUUGUGUUCCUCGUAAUCAGUGA